AUGGCGAGUUUCGAUACUACGGUGCUUAUUAUUGAUGGAAAAAAAUUUCUUCAAUCUAUUCCUAUCAUUGAAUAUAUUGAUGAAACAUAUCGAGUUCAAUCUCAACUUUUACCAGAAGAUUCUUAUCAACGUUAUCAGGCUCGUUUAAUUAGUGAAAUCAUUGCAUCUGGUACUCAGCCGUUCCACAGCACAAGCGUUCUCAAACGUAUUGGCGAAGAGAAAAACGCUGAAUGGACAUGUCAUUAUGUUAAACUAGGUGUUGAUGCGGUAGAAAAGGCUCUUGAAGAAUCAGCAGGACAAUAUUGUGUUGGCGAUCAAAUAUCAAUAGCUGACUGUUGUCUGGUACCUGAACUCUAUUUUGCACGGCUAUUUAAAGUUGAUUUAACUGCAUAUCCUAUUAUGACAGCUAUUGAAGAAAGAUUAAAUGAACUUCUUGAAUUCAAAGCUGCACAUCCAAAUCGCCAACAGGAUUGUCCUGAAGAAGAAAAACUAAAAUCCUAA